GGUUAGUGUGAGUAUGAAUAUGCUGAUGUAAAUGUAUUGUUUGUUAUAAUGUAUUCCUAAACUAGUUAUUACACUUGUGGAAUAAAAAAUUUUUUGAUUAAUAGUGUUUUGACUAAAAUGAGUAGUAUAGUAUUACAGUAGUUAUUGUUAAGACAUAUUUGGAACAAAUAUUUGUUUUGAUAAUAGUUUGACCGUACAUGCUCCAUAAAUUCAUCGUUUAUAGUAACAGCUUCAAUAAUAGCAAAAUAAUUUUAAAAUGAAUCCAGAUGAUUGGAGAACGCCUGCCUUCCGACAGAAUAUGAUAAAUAAAAUAGAAGAACUUAUUCAACAAUUUCAAACUCCAAUGACUAGAAAUGCAACAGAUAUGGAAAAUCACGUAUAUACGAGAGCUAAAUCUAGGGAUGAAUAUAUAGGCUAUAUCACAAAAGUCUUAAUGUUUAUAAAAAGUAAUAAAAAAAACCCUCCUGGAGAGAUGGUACAAGGAACAAACAACAUCAAUCCUGUUGUACAACAAAAAGGUAUGCAAGAUCCAAUUGGAGCAUUACAAUCUCUUGCUCGUCAAGGUACUGGCAAUAAUAAUAUGGGCAUGCAAGGUCCAGGCCCAAAUCCAUCGAACAUUAACCAGCAAAUAGGCCCAGGAGGAAAUAUAGCAUCAAAUUUGCUACAAAGUUUAAAUAAAAUGAAUCCAGGACAACCUGUAAAUAUACAGCAAGCGCUACAGAAUAAAAUAACUGGAAUAAAUAUGCUUCAAAAUCAACAAUUGAAUCUGACGCAAAUGGGACAAAUGCAAAAUAUGCAAAGCAACUCAAUGAUGAAUCCAAUGAAUCAAGGAAAUAUGCCUCAACAAAUGGGACCUCAACUAGGUAAUCAACAGCAACAAAUGGGUGUACAGCAAAUGGGAUCUAAUCAAAUUCAACACAAUAUGCAGCAGAUGAAGAAUCAAAUAAGUGGACAUCAGUUAGGAAAUCAAAUCAAUCCAGGAAUGCAAUCCAUGAUGCAACCACAACAAUCAGCAUCACAGCAACAGCAUCAGCAUAUGAACCAGAUGAAUGCUACCCAAAUAAAUGUUAAUCAAAUGUCACAACAGUUAGCUCAUAUGCAACGCAAACCGGUGGACAUGAUGAAUGCUAAUUAUCCUGGGCAAAGAAAUAUGACACCAAAUCAAUUUUUAAAUCAAAGCCCGUCACCCUCUGUUCCAAGUCCCGGCGGACUUAGUGCGCCAGGAAGCAAUCAGAUGGUACCAUCACCCGCACUUGUACCAUCACCAAAUCCUCAACAUGCUAUGCUUGGAGGACAAAGAUCAAUCGCUAUGGCACCUUCUCCCAGCAGUUCAUUAAAUACUCCCGCUGGAAUUAUUGGAGGUACUACUCACAGUCCUGUACAAGAUGAACAAAUUUCUCAAGCUUGCAGGGAAAAAAUUCAAAAACUUCGCAAGUACAUAGAACCUUUGAAUAGAACAAUACUGAAACUGACAAAUGAUGGAUAUACUGAGAAAACAAUCAAGAUGAAAAGGCUAUUGGAAAUAUUAACUAAUCCUAGUAUAGUCACAAAUUUAGAAACUUUAAGAAAAUGUGAACAAGUCUUGGAAAAAAUGGACUUGGAGAGAAGAAUGGAAGCUAGUGUAGGCCCUGCAAUACCAUCUACCAUGAGUGAAUUCAAGUUUUUAUCACCUUUAUUUGAAGCAGUGAGGUCUCUUCUUCAGACUCCAACUCCCAAUCAUACGUUACACAGGACUUUUGGACCUUGUUUGCAAUCUUUGUUUGGACCUGAAAUUAAAAAUUUACCUCCACCAUUAAAAAGACAGAAGAUUGAGGAAACACCUAGCGAGAUACCAGAUGUUUUACAAGGAGAAAUUGCUCGUCUCGAUCAGAGGUUUAAGAUAAGUCUUGAUCCGACCCAACAGAAUGGUUCAAAAUGCAUCCAGCUAAUAUGUUGGCUAGAUGAUAAGCACUUACCUUGUGUGCCUCCAGUAUUGAUUACAGUGCCUGCAGAUUAUCCAACAGUUCCUCCAAAAUGUGUUCUCACAAGUCAUGAAUACACUACUCCAUAUUUAAAUUCAGUACAAAAAGCAUUGGAUGCUAGACUUGCUAAAUUGCCAAGAAGAUAUUCAGUUUCACAAAUUUUGGAUAAUUGGGAAAUGAGCGUUCGUAAAGCUUGUGCACCUAGUAAAAUCCAAAAAGUUGAGGAGUUAAAUACAACCUCCAGUGCAAUGACAGGAACAACAAAAACAACUACAUCUACAACAAAUGCUUCUCUAACGAAUGGACUAUCUACGAAUUUGAUAAACUCCAUAGCAUCUUGAAUACAUUAUUAAUAUUCACGUAUAUAUUUACUGAAACAUUGCUAUUGUUCAAAUUAUCAUGACUUAUGAUAAGUAAUUUUGCUUUUACAUCUCUUAUGUAUAUAUAGUGUACAGAUGCAAAAUUUUUUAAUAUUUUUUAUCGUCGUUGAUUAUUAUAAUUUCAAAUUUGAUCCAUGUAUUAUACAAAUCCCAAUUCUAGACAUUUUCUUAAGUGACUAUAGAAUUUUACUUAACAUUUUUUUAAUGAAUGUUGUAGAAUCUGAUUGCU